AUGGAAAGAUCGGCAACCAGACAAACAUACCAAAGUACUACUGGUCACUCAAAAUUAGAAAUGAAGAAAUCACUGAAGUUAUCUGAAAAGAUAGCAAGAAUGCAAUAUGCAAUCGCGGCUAAUAGGAAGUGCGUACUUGUAAGACUGUCAAACGGAAAAGAAAUGGUAGCUUACAUUCCUGGUAUAGGUCAUAAUUUGCAAGAACACAACAUCGUUUUGGUGAGAGUAGGAAGAGUACAAGAUUGUCCUGGUGUUAAACUGAAGUGUGUCAGAGGAAAGUUUGAUUUGGGACAUGUAAUAAUAAAUAGAAAAUAG